AUGUCAUGUCGUCCAGGUGGCUCUGCGACCCAGUCAGAGCUGAUAUUUGACCGCAUUCGCGCCCUCGCAAAGGAGACGAAGACCCCCGUGUACACCUUUGCGGAGGACAUCGCUGCCAGCGGCGCGUAUUGGCUGAUGCUGGCGGGGGAUGAAAUGUAUGCCAGCAGCACCAGCCUGGUGGGCAGCAUCGGGGUCGUCAGUGCCAGCUUUGGCGCGGUGGAGGCCAUCAAGCGGCUGGGCUUGGAGCGCCGAGUGUACACCGCCGGCGAAUACAAAGACCUGCUCGACCCCUUCAGGCCGGUGCGGAAGGAGGAGGAGGCGCGGCUGCAGGAAGUGCUGGCCGACACCCACGACAGCUUCAAGGGCGCCGUGAAAGCGGCGCGCGGCAGCCGGCUGGCCGCGCCGGACGACCCGGAGCUGUGGUCCGGCCGCGUCUGGACCGGGCGGCAGGCGGCGCGGCUCGGCCUCACCGACGGCAUCGCGCAGCUGGAGGCCAAGAUGCACGAAAAAGUCGGUGACAACGUCCACUUUGUGCUGUGCAGUGAGCCGCUGCGGGCAGGCCUGGCGGAUGCCCUGGGCCUGAGCAGCAGCAUGCGCGGCUGGGGCAAAAUGUUGGGGCAGCAGUCAGACAUCUACUCAGUUACAAGCAGUGCUUCCCAGGCGCUGCUGGAUGAGGUGCAGUACCGCUCCAUGUUGGCGCGCUAUGGGCUGUAG